GUUAAGAACAGGGGAAGAAACUCUCCAAAUCCAAAUCGUUAUGGGUCGGAGUGUGUUGAAUAUUUCAGCCAAUAACAGCAUGAGGGUGGGAACUCGAAUCCGAAGCGCGAAGAGUUGAGGGGACAGAGAGAAAGCAAAAUGGCGAACAUGGAAGAAAGUGCGGAUUAGCGAGUUGAUGAGGGUUACACAAACUACUUGUCUCUUAACGUUAAUUUGUUGUUUUUGUCUAACCUUUACAUAAUUACCGAAUCAACUCUGUCUUACUGUUUUACAUCUUUUCACUCGAACAUGUAUCUUUCGCUAGCAAAUCGCUGGCUGACUGGCUAGCAAUACCGCAAGUGAAGAAAAAAUCGUUUUUAAAAAAAAUAUAUAUUUCAGCUAGCUGGCUAGCUAAGGGAACAAGCUAACCAAAAUGGCAUCACAUAACCUAGUAUUUGUGAUCGACAUUGAUCAGGGUGGGCGACAGUGCGACUCGUAUCCCAACAGUUUAAAACUUAAUUUAUUGAAACACGGUGUACUGAGAGUUUUAUUAUAUUUCGGCUGCAGGUUCGGGUUCGAUAAGAUAAGGUGGGGGUACACAUUUUUUUACUCGCAAGGGGGGAGAAAUUCUAAUGCUAUAUCAAGAGGAUCUGACUUCAAAGAAGUUCUGGAGAAAACGUUCGAGGAUUUCGAGGCCGAGUUGAAUGCAAAACUAGAAGAGAAAACAAAGAUAACUGCAUUCUCACUGUCAUCAGGGCAGUUUCCACAUUUGGCUGGUUCUGUGCAAACUGCUGUGAAAGAAAGUUUACUUGAUUUCCAGUGGGACCGACCGGAUAUAACUUCUCCAACAAAAUUGACUUUGCGACCAAGAAGGUCGAGUCGACCUGGUAAGACUGUUCCCCUGGAUGAUGAUGUGUCAGUCAAUGGUAGAAAUGUAUUGUUCCUUGUUUCGGAAGCUCCACACACCAGAGCUGAGCUGGAAGACUUCUUGUCACUUUCGGGCAAUGACAUAAGAGACACUGCUGAACGUAUUCUGCCUUGUGCCCUUCGCGAUAUGAUGAUCCAUAAUCAAGUGGUCCUUCACUGGGUGGAUUCCAGUGAUUACAGUCAGGUGCAGAACAAGGCAGACCAGAUUGGCUGCACAGCACUGUCUGAAUCGCUGAGACAGGUUGGUGGAAGCCUGAUUCCCCUGGGUGUGCUGCUCUGCUUCUCUGCCUCGAACAAAGGCACUGAUCUGGGGAGGUUUCCAGGACCGGACCCAUGUGGCCCAUCAGGUCCUCACACCAUCGAUGGAAGAGAUGUCUUUCCUUUUGACUCUAGCUUUGGGUACAUCUUGUCCUCAGAGCAGACCCAUCGCUUGGCCUUUCCCACCAUGGAAGGAGUCCUAUGCUGGGGAGAAGAUGGGAACUCGAAAAGCUGCAGCGUUUCUGUUGAGCCAAUGGCCCGUCGGCAGACGAUGUUCAACCAUCCCAUCAGCAUCACUCUGAAGGGCGUUCUCCAGGGCUGGAGCUCUCUGCCCCUUACGGGCAGUAUUACGGAGUGCUGGGUGCUGCAGCAUGCCAUAGGCGCGUCACAGAACGCUCAGGACGGCAUAGAGCUGCGGUAUCUUCUGAGCGAGCUGUCUGCUAAGUCCCUUCACAUGUUUUGCGAGGUCAGUGAUGAAGACCGUUCACGUACUGCCGUGCUCUCCCCUCUCUCUGCGUCCACCGCCUUGCUCAUUAUGGUCCAGCCUCAAGUUGCUCACGAUGAAGACAUCAUUUCAGCUCAUAUCGCCUCCCCGGCAACCACAGAUAAUUCUGCUGACUUGCCCGACAUUGUCAGCAGUGUUCUCAGUGUUGUGUAUGACAUCAUGAAUGAUGACGAGGAUGACACUGGUGAGGCAGCCAAAGCAGUGCAAUCUUUUGUUCCUGAGUGGGCACAGCAGGAGCUCAAUCAUUGGUCAUGCCCAAAAACUGCAAGUGUGGUUGAGGGAUGGUUUCCUCAGUCCGAUCAAUCAGGAGUCAGCUCCCAUCUAAUGGAAUCUAUGAGGCUGCUGCAUGCUGUGCCUGAGGAAAACGAGGCUGUAGAUGAAAUGUUAGACCCACAGCAAGACCUGACCAGCUCCCUGUCAGAGCUGUACCAGGGAAUGACUGCUGAGGCAUGCGGUAAACAGAAGGGCAAGAAACGCGGUGCCCAGCGCACUCCCGUGAGGCAGAAGAUGAAGACGAUGAGCCGUUCACUGCAGAUGCUGAACGUGGCGCGGCUCAACGCAAAGGCUCAAAAGAGCCGGACAGAGGAGCCUUCAGGGAGCGGGAGGGGUCCAGCUAAAUUAGGGAAGAGGCGAUCUGGGGACAGAGCCAAGGCAGGCUCCAGCAGUGCGCAGUUUAACAGUGUGGAAGAGCUUUUAUCAUAUGUGACACUGGCUUAUCAGAAAGCGGUAGCAGAGAGAGACUGUUCCCUUGUCACCCAAGUCAAGAAUUUCCUCACCCAUGUGAAUGAAUUCCUGAAACCCACACAAGACCAUGAGGGGCGUUCCUCGCUCUUUGUACGGCAGAACCUGCUGAAAUCUGGCAAGUGCAUACGAGAGCUUUAUGGAAAUGCAGUCGAUGAUGAAAGCAAAGUCAGAGAAUGCCAGCUGCAGGCUGUGCUGAGGCUGGGGAUGUGUAGGCAGUUUCCUGCAGUGCAUUCUGACUCCCAGAGCCAAGAACAGAUGGUUGAGGAGGUUGCAGAUAUGUUGCGUAUAAUCUCCUUAACAAAAGAUCCUGUUUACCUAACAAAGUUCCUUGAAGAUGAAGUCCUUCCAGAGUACAUGACGGCGAUUCCCAAAGUUCUGGCGGAAAUGUACUUCAGCCUGGGGACCCAGCUUCCUGAAGCGCUCGCCGCAGUCCUCCCCUCCGAUUUCCUCAGCGACGACUCCAUAGCGAAGGAGAGCGUCUCCCCUGCUGCCUCCCAGCCGUCCAUCGCCCACAGCGCAGCCUCAGACGCAGGGGGGCGACUGGAGGAGCUGCGCGAUCGAUCGGCGAAGAAGAGGAGGAGGAGCGGUAUGCUUACACGACACCAAAGCAUGAGCGAUGCAUCUCAGAGUCUCCGUCAGAUUGAAAUGCCUAGGAAAUCCACUAGGGCGGUAAAGCCAGUGGAAAAGCCUUCCCUGGAGCUGCCACCACCUCAAAAGCAGGCAGUACAAGAAGUCACAAAGGUCAGAAGGAACUUGUUCAAUCAGGAUACCAAAGCUAAGCUCCCACGAAGCCAGUCUGUGUCGGCUGUGGAGGGAGUGAAACGCAAGCGUUCACACUUGAAAGAUGGCAGCGGUGGACAUGCACUGUUGACAAAGAAUGUUGCAGAGACACCCCUUCACAAGCAGGUGUCCAAUCGAUUGCUGCUCAGGCAGAAGACUGGAAGGAAGUCUGACCCCUCUGACAUGUGCAUUGUGGAAGAAUCUCCUGCCAAAUUGACAAGUGAUUUGAGGAGGAGUCCAAGGAUAAAGAAUUUGUCCCUCACUAGAAGGCAUUCCAGCUCCUUCUACUCCAGCUCUCAGAUGAGUUCAAGAAAUGUGGAAAGAGUUAUGUCCUCCUCACAGCUCGCCAUCAGUGACAGCAAACUGGGUGACUUCAAUUUUAAGAUGGUCAGAUCUCCAGUGCGACUCCUGUUUGGUGCGACGGAGUCACCCAAGCAAUCUGCUUUACUAGAAUCCUUCGGUCGGAGGAGUGCCAGGAGACAAGUUUUAGGCUCUGCAGAGGUUUUUGAGAGUCCAAAGAGGACUCCAAGGAAAAUGGCUCACAAAACUAGCAGAUCUAUAUGUGGUGGCAGGACGCCUAGCAAGUCUCCUCGCACACCAUGCAGGAAGUCUCCUCGUACACCAUGCAGGAAGUCUCCUCGUACACCAUGCAGGAAGUCUCCUAGUACACCAUGCAGGAAGUCUCCUAGUACACCAUGCAGGAAGUCUCCUAGAACACCAUGCAGGACGUCCCCUCAUACUCCAUGCAGGAAGUCUCCUCGUACUCCAUGCAGGAAUUCAACUCAUAGACCUUCCAGGAACACGCCUCGGGCACUUGCCAUGAAAUCACCUCCUAAGCCUUCCCAGACGUCACCGCAAGAACUUUCCAAGUCACCUCGUACACCAUCCAGGAGAUUUUUGUCCACACCCUCCAGGAUCUCACCUCUUGCACCUUCAAGGGAGGUUUCUCCUGCAUUACCCAGGAUGUCAGGUGCUGGCCACACAGAGUGUCACGUGACAUCAUUAGGAGAUACGGGGAGGAAACUGCGAGGAAGUCCUUUCAGAUCUCCUGCCAGUGUCCGACUCACGUUGGCUACAUCUCAGAAAGACAGUCCGGUGCAGUCACCAGUGAAAAAUCUAUUGCAGCCUUCAGUGAGGGCAGGAUCAAAUGUCCCACAUGGGAACUCAGAAAGUUACUCCAGAACCCCACGAAAAUGUGUUACUUGGUCACCAUCUCCAGGGGAAAUGCGAUUGGAACGAAGAGAUGCAGCAUUUAAACUUCCAGAUUCCCCUUGCUUGUCUAGGCGUGGUUCUCCUAUGCUAUUAAAAACCCCCCAAAAAUUUAGCAGUCCACACAAAGGUCUGAAUAAGAGUGGUUUGUAUAAAACCCCCGAUAAAACCAUGAAUUCUCCUGGUAUUCUUCCAUCAAGAACUCCUGAAAACCCCAGAUUGAGCAGUACAGAAACAAGAACAAAAAUGCCUCGGAGGUCUUCAGAGAGGCAAAUGAGAAAGCUUAGCACCACAGAAAAAGGAGACCUUAUCUUUUUAACUUCAGAAGGGAACUUCAACUCCCCUGACCUACAGAUGGGGGAAGCUUCAUCUCCUGAUCACUACUCUCCUCCAACACCCUCCUCAGGAACUCCACUGAAAAGUCCAGGACCCACUAAUCAGAUUCUCACAAGAUCCAAAGGAACCCCAGCUAAAGAUGUUUUUCCUGGAGUUUAUGUCCUGACUCCUGAGAAGACCAAGACCACACCCAAGAAAAGGGCUUUUAAAUUGCUAGAAACUGAAAUUUUAGUAAAAACAUCUGACAGAACCCAUUGUGAGAAGGCCAUUGUCACCUCAGGCUCCUUUUCCUCUGAAUGUAAGGCUGUAAAUGAGAGAGGUCGGAUCACACGGGGUACGAUUAAACGACAUGCAAGUUCGCAAUCUCUACCCGGCAACAGUGAUCCAGUAAAUACUGUCAAUCAAAUACAAGCCAUUGAGUUAGCUGAGGUGGCGAGGGACAUUGUUGCUGGUUGUACACGACAGUCAAUCUCUUCGCAACUUUCUCAGGGAGAAUUGGAAGCAGAUUUUCAGUCAAGUUCUCAGCAGCUUGAUUCCUCCCAGUUCAGCAUAGUCACCACAGAUGAUGACAGCAUUGACAUUUGCAAUGCCUCCGUAGUGAAAACCCAGCUGUCUGGAGGUAUAAAGAUGAAUGUCACCUUUUCAAGGAAACCUUCCAAAUCGUCUGUGGUCAAAGAUGAAGUCACUCUGCCUCUACCCUCCUCGUCGACUCUUGGACAGAGCUAUGGUUUGCGUCGGACACCAGAUCGUCAGCAGAGAGCUGCUGCAGCACGUCUUGGGAGACCAGAGGGUGGUCCAAAGUUCUCUACUCCUUGUGCCUCAGAAAAACUCCGCAGGCAACAGAAGCCAAGUACCCCUGAUGCCCUUACUUAUCAGGUAGAGCUGGAGAUGCAGGCUUCUGGCCUGCCCAAGCUUAGGUUCAAACGAACAGACUCCUUUAGUGCUCAGGAAGAUGCAGCUGAGAGCAGCACAAGGUUAGGGACCUAUGGACCUGUGUCUGUAAAACCCUCAAGAGUUGAUAGUCCACUUUCACACUGUGGCAAGCACAGGGAUGCAGGUUAUGCCUCUCCAUCAUUCUGUACCCAUGCAACACCUGCCAAAAGCACCCCAGGGAAAGGUGGUGUCCAGACUUAUAUAUGCCAGUCCUACACACCCACAGGGAACACAGCCAGUACACCAUCGCCAUCAGGGGCAGGAGAACUUGCCUCUUGGACACCUUCGCCUCAGAGCAGGGGGCGAUACACCCCUGAGAACCUCGAUAACUGGCCUCGCAGGAAGAGAGCAAGGAAUGAGGUGGUGGGGGUGAAGGAAAAGUAUGUCAGUGGUGACCGUACAGUAGAGGAAUUGGACGACCUGAAGGAGGAUGCAGAACUGGAGGGUAUUUACAGACUGCAGGAACUCGAUGAGUACAAGGAAACGGGUGGUGACCUGUUAUCCACGGAGGUGGCAGGUCUCAGGUCCAGGAAGCAAGGAGAUAAGGAAGCUUUCAUUGCCAAUAUGGCUGAUAAAAGCCAGCAUGAUAGACUGGAGGAUGUGGGGAUAACAGAAACGCUCUCCGGCCAGUUUGCUGGCCUCCAGUCGCAGACAUUUGAUGAUAAGCUGCCAUGCUUUCCAGGAGAGGGCUCUGUCCUUUCAGCAGGGACUCCCCCCAACACAAAGGUGAGGAAACCAGUGUCUGCAAGCGGCAUACUGGCUCUGACUCAGUCCCCCAUGUUAUACAAAGGAAAGAAACAAAGAGAUGAAUCAGAAUCUGGGAGCCACCUUCAUAAGGCGGCCAAUGUUGAACCAGAGUUGUCCCCAUUCAGUCGACCUCCCAGACGCCGGGCUUCCAGCAAGACCUACAGCAGGAAGAGACUGUUGGAUUGACAUGUUUAUGUUUAUAAUGUAAAGUUCUUGUUCUUUACUUUACCUGCUUCAUUUACCAGAAACAUUGUACAUAAUGGCAGGUGUAUUGUUUUGAGGACUAUGAACCAGUCUAUGUCCAUUAAUUACUGCAUGUGAUACCUUUAGGUAUUUUGCUUUUUCAUUUGUAAGACAAGUCUGUUGUAUUUGAAUUGGCAAUCAGCAGGGACUUAAAAGUUUUACAGUAAUUAUCACAGGGCCAAAAAAGUGUGUGCCUGUAUCAAAAUGUCACAUUUCUGUUGUGAUCAAGUGCUGCUUAGGUGUUUGGUUAUGUCUCAACAGAUGAAUCCUUUAAUCUUAUUAAUCUGAAAGAUUAUGGAAUUUAAUUACAUAAUCAAUUUAAAAACUGCCUGAUAGUGCAUCCUGUCUAGAUGCAUGCAUGCAUAUUUCUGGCUUCCUGCUUUGAAAUAUAGACGCUUUGCUCAGACAAUGAAAAUCUAACCUUGAACAACUGGGUAACAAUUGAAGAAAAUUUUUAUUUGCUCAAAAUGUUCUUAAACCUUGAUGGAGAUUAAGCUAAAUAAGAUGGUAUUUUUUUUAGUUGUUUGUGUGGAAAUACACUGUUUUUAUUGUUUUUGUUCAAAAAGGAGGUGGUGUUUACUUGUACAGUAUCAAAUACAUUUGCAAAUAAUUGCUGCAAAUAAUUUCAAAAAUAAAUAUAUAUACAUUUUUA